AACAGUUCGUAGAGUCCUUAGUCAUGACUAACUUCUGAAAAGCAUUCUAUUUGAAAGUUGUAUUAAUGUUCUAUGACAUUUCCCCCUCUACUCACCAGUUACCUGUUCAAAAAUUACCAGCAACACAUAACUCCAUUGUUUACUGUAAAUGAGAUUAACGGGGAUCCCAAUCUGUUGCCAAACAUUUCCCUGGGAAUCCACCUCUACAACACCUAUUCAAAUGAGGAAAGGAUCUUGGAGAGCUCUCUGGAGUUACUGUCUGGGCUGGAGCAGUUCAUCCCUAAUUACAACUGCAGAGAGCAAGAAAAGAUUGUGGCUGUCAUUGGAGGAGCCACAUCAGCUCUUUCUCUCCAGAUGGGGACCCUGCUUGACCUCUACCACUUUCCACAGAUCAGUUAUGGUCCAUUUGAUCCUGCUCUUACUGACAAAGUCCAGUUUCCUUCCCUCUAUCAGAUGGCCCCCAGAGAAUCUUCUCUUCACCGAGGUAUUGUCCGGUUAUUGGUAUAUUUUCAAUGGAACUGGAUAGGCCUGGUUGUCUUUGAUGAUAUGAGAGGUGAGGAAUUCCUCAGGAAAGUGAGCGAGGAAAUGAGCAAGAAUAGAGUUUGUGUGUCCUUCACAGAGAAGAUUCCUAUCAGUGGCAGAAGAAAUAAGGAGUCAUCUGAGGCCUUCAGAUUCAGGAUCCUACUAUCAGAAGUCAAAGUGAUUGUCAUCCAUACUGACACAGAUUCAUUAAUAAUUCUGGCAACCCCAGAUACACCUUUUAUCCCAACAAAGAAAGUGUGGAUUGUCACAUCUAACUCAGACAUUGCUGUGAGACCCUUCUAUCAUUAUGGUUACACUUUCCAUGCAAAUCUCUUUUUUUCACACUUGAUGAGGGAAUUUCCUUUGUUUGACACUUUUCUACGGGGACUUAAGCCUCCUCAAACUUCACAUAAUUCUGAGCUUUCGGCCAUGCCUUUUAAGUGCUCAGGUCAAUCAGAAAUUCCUGACCAAGAAUUAUAUUCACCAAAUGCCUCCUUAAAGGAUUUGCCUCGGAACCCUCAUCAAAUAACCAUGUCUAGCUUGAGUUACAACAUCUACAAUGCUAUUUAUGCUGUGACUUGGGCUUUCCAUGAAAUGCUGAUGAGGAAAUCUGAGAAAAGAUCAAUGAGAGAUGAAGAAUCUGUAUUAUUUCAUCCAUGGCAGCUUCACUCCUUCCUGAAGAACACACAAUUUAAGAACAAAAUUGGUGACCAAAUAUUUGUGGAUGAGAAUAGACGCUCUGAGACUCAGUAUGCCAUUAUGAAUUACGUGCACUUUCCUAAGCAGAGUGAUCUUCUUAAGUAUGUGGGGGAUUUUAUUCCAGAAGCUCCACUUAGUCAAGAGUUUACAAUUUGUGCAGAUGCCAUAACAUGGGACCAGUGGGGUUCAAAGGUUCCCUCUGCAAUAUGCAGUGACAGGUGUCAUGCUGGAUUUAGGAAGUACCUUUUGGAGGGGAAGGCUACCUGCUGUUUCAACUGCUUCCCAUGCCCAGAAGGGGAGAUUUCCAGUCAGAUGGAUGCUGAGCAGUGUAAGAAGUGCCCAGAGGAUGAAUAUCCAAAUGAGCAGAGAGAUCGCUGCCUCCCCAAGACUGUGACCUUCUUGGAUAUGAAAGAAACUUGGGGGAAGGCCUUGACCUUUGUGGCUGUUUCAUUCUCAUUACUGACAGUCCUCGUUCUGUGGGUCUUUGUAAAGUUUAAAGACACACCCGUUGUCAAGGCCAACAAUUGUAACCUCAGCUAUAUGCUUCUCAUCUCUCUUUCCUUCUGCUUCCUCUGCUCCUUGCUCUUCAUAGGCCGUCCUACCACUGCUUCCUGCCUUUUGCGACAAACAGUAUUUGCAGUUGUGUUCACGGUGGUUAUUUCCUCCAUUUUGGCCAAAACUAUCAUCGUGGUUCUGGCUUUCAGGGUUACAGGGCCAGGGAGCAGGAUGAGGAUGUUCCUUCAUUCUAGAAUGCCCUACUAUGUUGUUCUCAUCUGCUCCGGAAUUCAAGUGCUUUUCUGUGCCAUCUGGUUGGGGACUUAUCCCCCCUUUCCAGAAACAGACACACUCUCUGAAUCCAGGCACAUCAUCCUCACAUGUAACGAGGGCUCUGCUUUUGCAUUUUACUGUGUUCUGGGCUACAUGGGCUUUCUGGCCCUGGGAAGCUUCACCAUAGCUUUCCUGGCCAGGAACCUGCCCGAUGCCUUCAACGAAGCCAAGUUCAUCACUUUCAGCAUGCUGGUGUUUUGCAGCAUCUGGAUCUCUUUCCUCCCCACAUAUCAGAGCACCAAAGGGAAAGCCAUGGUAAUUGUGGAGAUCUUCUCCAUCUUGGCCUCCAGUGCCGGGUUACUGGGCUGCAUUUUUAUUCCCAAAUGCUAUGGGAUCCUCUUGACAUCAGUCAAAAAUACCCCAAAACAGAUCAAAAAGUCUUCUUUUUUUAAAAUGUAAUAUGUUUAUUUU